CAGCCUGGACCCUCUGGCUUGCCAAGCCCCUCCCUCAGAAUCCUUUCUCCGAGGGUCCCCUGGAAGUUUCCAAACUCAAGACCAAUCCUCUCUCCCUUUCUCAUUUCCCUUACACUCAAGGCUGCCUUUGUGGGCUUGGGGAGGGGUCUGCAGACGGAAGGGUCUUCCCCAACAUGAGGGUGGAGGUCCCCUUCCACAAAGCCCAACCCUCCUGCAUGGGAGAAAAUUUGCAUGAAUCCUGGAGAAAGGAGUUGAGGAUUUGUGGGAGUCCAUCCGCCUGUCCAUGUGCCCACCAGGCUGGGUGGGUGAGCGAUGCCAGCUGGAAGACCCCUGCCACUCAGGUCCCUGUGCUGGUCGUGGUGUCUGCCAGAGCUCCGUGGUGGCAGGCACUGCCCGGUUCUCCUGCCGAUGCCCCCGUGGCUUCCGAGGCCCAGACUGCUCCCUGCCGGACCCCUGUCUCAGCAGCCCUUGUGCCCAUGGUGCCCGCUGCUCGGUGGGGUCUGAUGGCCGCUUCAUCUGCUCUUGCCCACCUGGCUACCAGGGCCGCAGCUGCCGAAGUGACAUUGAUGAGUGCCGGGUGGGUGGGCCUUGCCGCCAUGGUGGCACCUGCCUUAACACUCCUGGCUCCUUCCACUGCCAGUGCCCAAAUGGCUACACAGGGCCACUGUGCGAGAACCCCACAGUGCCCUGUGCUCCUUCACCAUGCCGUAAUGGGGGCACCUGUAGGCAGAAUGGCGAUCUCACCUAUGACUGUGCCUGCCUUCCUGGGUUUGAGGGCCAGAACUGUGAAGUGAACGUGGAUGACUGUCCAGGACACCGCUGUCUAAAUGGGGGGACGUGUGUGGAUGGCGUCAACACCUACAACUGCCAGUGCCCUCCUGAGUGGACAGGCCAAUUCUGCACAGAAGAUGUGGAUGAGUGUCAGCUGCAGCCCAAUGCCUGCCACAAUGGGGGCACCUGCUUCAACACCUUGGGAGGCCACAGCUGUGUGUGUGUCAAUGGCUGGACAGGAGAGAGCUGCAGUCAGAACAUUGAUGACUGUGCCACAGCCGUCUGCUUCCAUGGGGCCACCUGCCAUGACCGGGUGGCUUCCUUCUACUGCGCCUGCCCCAUGGGCAAGACUGGCCUUUUGUGUCAUCUGGAUGAUGCCUGUGUUAGCAACCCAUGUCACGAGGAUGCUAUCUGUGACACAAACCCUGUGAAUGGCCGGGCCAUCUGCACCUGUCCACCCGGCUUCACUGGUGGGGCCUGCGAUCAGGAUGUGGAUGAAUGCUCCAUUGGUGCAAAUCCGUGUGAACAUCUAGGUCGGUGUGUGAACACGCAGGGAUCCUUCUUGUGCCAGUGUGGUCGCGGUUACACUGGACCUCGCUGUGAGACCGACGUCAAUGAGUGUCUGUCAGGGCCCUGCCGCAAUCAGGCCACCUGCCUGGACCGCAUUGGCCAGUUCACUUGCAUCUGUAUGGCAGGCUUCACGGGAACCUACUGUGAGGUGGACAUCGAUGAAUGUCAGAGUAGCCCAUGUGUCAACGGUGGUGUCUGCAAAGACAGAGUCAAUGGCUUUAGCUGUGCCUGCCCUUCAGGUUUCAGUGGGUCCACGUGCCAACUGGACGUGGAUGAAUGCGCAAGCACGCCCUGCAGGAAUGGUGCCAAGUGCGUGGACCAGCCUGAUGGCUACGAGUGUCGCUGUGCAGAAGGUUUCGAGGGCACCCUGUGCGAGCACAAUGUGGACGACUGCUCUCCAGACCCAUGCCACCAUGGACGCUGCGUGGAUGGCAUUGCCAGUUUCUCAUGUGCCUGUGCCCCGGGGUACACAGGCACGCGCUGCGAGAGCCAGGUGGACGAAUGUCGCAGCCAGCCUUGCCGCCAUGGGGGCAAAUGCCUAGAUUUGGUGGACAAAUAUCUUUGUCGCUGUCCUCCUGGCACCACAGGUGUGAAUUGCGAAGUCAACAUAGACGAUUGUGCCAGCAACCCCUGCACCUUUGGAGUCUGCCGUGAUGGCAUCAACCGCUAUGAUUGUGUCUGCCAACCUGGCUUCACAGGUCCCCUUUGCAACGUGGAGAUCAAUGAGUGUGCAUCCAACCCAUGUGGCGAGGGAGGCUCCUGCGUAGAUGGGGAAAAUGGCUUCAGCUGCCUCUGUCCACCUGGCUCCUUGCCUCCACUCUGCCUCCCUCCAACCCAUCCCUGUGCCCAUGAGCCCUGCAGUCACGGCAUCUGCCACGAUGCGCCUGGCGGGUUCCGCUGUGUGUGUGAGCCUGGCUGGAGUGGCCCCCGUUGCAGCCAGAGUCUGGCUCGAGAUGCCUGUGAGUCUCAGCCCUGUGGGGCUGGUGGUACCUGCAUCAGCGAUGGAAUGGGCUUCCACUGUACCUGUCCCCCAGGAGUCCAGGGCCGUCAGUGUGAGCUGCUGUCCCCCUGCACCCCAAACCCUUGUGAACAUGGGGGCCGCUGUGAGUCUGCUCCAGGUCAGCUGACUGUCUGCUCCUGCCCCCCAGGCUGGCAAGGCCCACGAUGCCAGCAGGACGUGGACGAGUGUGCUGGCCCCUCCCCCUGCGGCGCCCAUGGUUCCUGUACCAACCUGGCAGGAAGUUUUAGCUGCACCUGUCACGGGGGUUAUACUGGCCCUUCCUGCGAUCAGGACAUCAAUGAUUGUGACCCCAACCCGUGCCUCAAUGGUGGUUCCUGUCAGGACAGUGUGGGCUCCUUUUCCUGCUCUUGCCUUCCUGGCUUCGCUGGCCCACGCUGUGCCCACGAUGUGGAUGAGUGUCUGAGCAACCCCUGUGGCCCUGGCACUUGCACUGACCACGUGGCCUCCUUCACCUGCACCUGCCCACCAGGCUAUGGAGGCUUUCACUGCGAGAAGGACCUACCCAACUGCAGCCCCAGUUCCUGCUUCAAUGGAGGGACCUGCGUGGACGGUGUGAACUCAUUCAGCUGCCUGUGCCGCCCCGGCUACUUGGGUGCCCACUGCCAAUAUGAGGCCGAUCCUUGCCUCUCCCGGCCGUGUCUGCACGGGGGAGUCUGCAGCGCCACCCACCCUGGCUUCCACUGCGCCUGCCGGGAGGGCUUCACCGGCAGCCAGUGCCAGACCCUGGUGGACUGGUGCAGCCACAAGCCCUGUCAGAACGGGGGUCGCUGUGUUCAGAAUGGUGCCUAUUGCCUUUGUCCCCCUGGAUGGAGCGGACGACUCUGUGACAUCCGAAGCCUACCCUGCAGAGAGGCUGCAGCCCAGAUUGGGGUGCGGUUGGAGCAGCUGUGUCAGGCAGGUGGGCAGUGCGUGGACCAGGACAGCUCCCAUUACUGCAUGUGCCCAGAGGGACGCACCGGCAGCUACUGUGAGCAUGAAGUGGACCCCUGCUUGGCCCAGCCCUGCCAGCAUGGAGGCACCUGCCGUGGCUACGUGGGAGGCUACAUGUGUGAGUGUCCAGCUGGCUAUUCUGGUGACAACUGUGAGGACGAUGUAGAUGAAUGUGCCUCCCAGCCAUGUCAGCAUGGGGGCUCCUGCAUUGACCUUGUGGACCGAUAUCUCUGCUCCUGUCCCCCUGGGACACUGGGUGUGCUCUGUGAGAUUAAUGAGGAUGACUGUGGCCCUGGCCCACCCCUUGACUCAGGCCCUCGGUGCCUAAACAAUGGCACUUGUGUAGAUUUGGUGGGUGGCUUCCGCUGCAACUGCCCCCCAGGAUACACUGGCCUGCACUGUGAGGCAGACAUUAAUGAGUGUCGUCCAGGUGCCUGCCAUGCAGCCCACACCCGGGACUGCCUGCAAGACCCAGGUGGGCACUUCCGCUGCCUUUGCCAUGCUGGCUUCACAGGUCCCCGCUGUCAGACUGUCCUGUCUCCCUGUGAGUCUCAGCCAUGCCAGCAUGGAGGCCAGUGUCGUCCCAGCCCAGGCCCUGGGGGUGGGCUGACCUUCACCUGCCACUGUGUCCAGCCGUUCUGGGGUCCGCGUUGUGAACAAGUGGCACGCUCCUGCCGGGAGCUGCAGUGCCCCGUGGGUGUCCCAUGCCAGCAGACAGCCCGCGGGCCUCGCUGCGCCUGUCCCCCAGGGCUGUCGGGGCCCUCCUGCCGGGGCUCCCGAGGGUCUUCUCAGGGGGCUGCCAACGCCACCUGCGCAGCUCUGCCCUGUCUCCACGGGGGCUCCUGCCGUGCUGCGCCGCUUGCUCCCUUCUUCCGCUGCCUGUGUGUUCCGGGCUGGGAUGGCCCGCGCUGUGAGACCCCCGCCGCCGCGCCCGAGAUCUCGGAGGAGCCGCGUUGCCCGCGAGCCUCCUGCCAGGCCAAGCGCGGGGAUAAGCGCUGCGACCGCGAGUGCAACAGCCCGGGCUGCGGCUGGGAUGGUGGAGACUGCUCGUUGAGCGUCGGAGACCCCUGGCGACAGUGCGAGGCGCUGCAGUGCUGGCGUCUCUUUAACAACAGCCGCUGUGACCCUGCUUGCAGCUCACCUGCCUGCCUCUAUGACAACUUCGAUUGCCACACUGGAGGCCGGGAGCGAACCUGCAACCCAGUGUAUGAGAAGUACUGCGCUGACCACUUUGCGGAUGGCCGCUGUGACCAGGGCUGCAACACUGAGGAAUGUGGCUGGGACGGGCUGGACUGUGCCAGCGAGGUGCCAGCGCUGCUGGCCCGCGGCGUGCUGGUCCUCACGGUGCUGCUGCCUCCGGAAGAGCUGUUGCGCUCCAGCGCGGACUUCCUGCAGCGGCUGAGCGCCAUCUUGCGCACUUCUCUGCGCUUCCGCCUGGACGCGCGGGGCCAGGCCAUGGUCUUCCCUUACCACCGACCAAGUCCUGGUUCAGAAUUACGGACCAGGCGGGAGCUGGCUCCUGAAGUGAUCGGCUCUGUAGUGAUGCUGGAGAUUGACAAUCGGCUCUGCCUGCAGUCGCCUGAGAAUGACCACUGCUUCCCUGAUGCCCAGAGCGCAGCUGACUACCUGGGGGCCUUGUCAGCUGUGGAGCGUCUGGACUUCCCGUACCCACUGCGGGAUGUGCGAGGGGAGCCGAUGGAGCUUCCUGAGCCAAGUGUGCCGCUGCUGCCACUGCUGGCUGCGGGCGCUGUCUUCCUGCUGGUCAUUCUCGUCCUGGGCGUCAUGGUAGCCCGACGCAAGCGUGAGCACAGCACCCUCUGGUUCCCCGAGGGCUUUGCACUACACAAGGAUGUAGCAGCUGGCCACAAGGGGCGGCGUGAGCCUGUGGGACAAGAUGCACUGGGCAUGAAGAACAUGGCCAAGAGUGAGAGUCUGAUGGGGGAGGUGGCCACAGACUGGAUGGACACAGAGUGCCCAGAAGCCAAGCGACUGAAGGUAGAAGAGCCUGGUAUGGGGGCUGAGGAGCCUGUGGAUUGUCGCCAGUGGACCCAACACCACCUGGUUGCUGCUGACAUCCGUGUGGCACCAGCCAUGGCACUGACACCACCACAGGGAGAUGCAGAUGCCGAUGGCAUGGAUGUCAACGUGCGUGGCCCAGAUGGUUUCACCCCGCUCAUGCUGGCCUCCUUCUGCGGUGGGGCCCUGGAGCCAAUGCCAACUGAGGAAGAUGAGGCCGAUGACACAUCAGCCAGCAUCAUCUCAGACCUGAUCUGCCAGGGGGCCCAGCUUGGGGCUCGGACUGACCGUACAGGCGAGACUGCUCUGCACCUGGCUGCCCGCUAUGCCCGGGCAGACGCGGCCAAGCGGCUGUUGGAUGCUGGGGCAGACACUAAUGCGCAGGACCACUCGGGUCGCACCCCUUUGCACACAGCAGUCACUGCUGACGCCCAGGGUGUCUUUCAGAUUCUCAUCCGGAACCGCUCCACAGACUUGGAUGCCCGCAUGGCAGAUGGCUCCACCGCACUGAUCCUGGCGGCCCGCCUGGCCGUGGAGGGCAUGGUGGAAGAACUCAUCGCCAGCCACGCCGAUGUCAAUGCUGUGGAUGAGCUAGGGAAAUCAGCCUUACACUGGGCUGCAGCCGUGAACAAUGUGGAAGCCACCUUGGCUCUUCUAAAAAAUGGAGCCAACAAGGACAUGCAGGACAGUAAGGAGGAGACCCCGCUGUUCCUGGCUGCCCGGGAGGGCAGCUUCGAGGCUGCCAAGCUGCUGCUGGACCACUUUGCGAACCGGGAGAUCACAGACCACCUGGACAGGCUGCCACGGGAUGUGGCCCAGGAGCGACUGCACCAGGACAUCGUGCGGUUGCUGGACCAGCCCAGUGGGCCGCGCAGCCCCCCUGGUCCCCAUGGCUUAGGGCCCCUGCUCUGCCCACCUGGGGCCUUCCUCCCAGGCCUCAAGGCAGCACAAUCUGGAGCCAAGAAGAGCAGGAGGCCCCCUGGGAAGUCAGGGCUGGGGCCGCAAGGGGCCCGGGGCAGGGGCAAGAAGCUGACGCUGGCCUGCCCGGGUCCCCUGGCCGAGAGUUCCGUCACUCUGUCGCCGGUGGACUCGUUGGACUCCCCACGGCCCUUUGGUGGGCCUCCUGCUUCCCCUGGAGGCUUCCCCCUUGAGGGUCCCUAUGCAACCGCCACAGCCACCGCAGUGUCCUUGGCGCAGCUCGGUGGCACAGGCCGGGCAGGUCCCCUAGGGCGCCAACCUCCUGGAGGCUGCGUGCUCAGCUUGGGUCUGCUGAACCCUGUGGCUGUCCCCCUCGACUGGGCCCGGCUGCCUCCACCUGCCCCCCCUGGGCCCUCAUUCCUGCUGCCCCUUGCACCGGGACCCCAAAUGCUCAACCCUGGGACCCCCGUCUCUCCCCAGGAGCGACCCCCGCCCUACCUGGCAGCCCCAGGACAUGGUGAGGAAUACCCAGCAGCAGGGGCCCACAGCAGCCCCCCAAAGGCUCGCUUUCUGCGUGUCCCCAGUGAACACCCCUACCUAACCCCAUCCCCAGAGUCCCCUGAGCAUUGGGCCAGCCCUUCUCCCCCCUCCCUCUCGGACUGGUCCGAUUCCACACCCAGCCCUGCCACUGCCACGGGGACCACUGCCACAGCUGCUGGGACACUGCCUGCCCAGCCACACCCCUUGUCUGUCCCCAGCUCCCUUGCUCAGGCUCAGACCCAGCUGGGGCCCCAGCCAGAAGUCACCCCUAAGAGGCAGGUGUUGGCCUGAAACACGCCCAGUUCCUGGAUCUUGGGGAGUUGGGGGGCAUCCCCUCCUGACUCCUCCCUACUUUAGUUUUAUUCAUUCUCUCCUUUCUGUCUACCAGCCUCCUGCGGUCCUGCCUUGCCCUGGUCAUCAGCCCAGGGCCUCAGUUUUCCUUUAUUUAUAAUGGGUGGGGACUGACCUCCUACCCGCUCAGUCUUGUAACAAGUCUGGGACCUCCUCUUACCCCCUCUCUGCCCCCCAGUUUUCUCUUCCCUCCUCAUUUUCUCACACUCUGACAUGAGUGAAUUAUAAUUUUUUCCUUUUUUUUUUUUUUUUUUACAUUUUGUAUAGAAACAAAUUCAUUUAAACAAACUUAUUAUUAUUAUUAUUUUUUACAAAGUAUAUAUAUGGAGACACUCCCUCCCCCCUGCGAAUCCCCCAGUGCCCCUGUGGGGCUGAGUCUGUGGGCCCAUUCGGCCAAGCUGGAUUCUGUGUACCGAGUACACAGGCAUGACUGGGAUCCCGUGUACUGAGUACACGACCCUGGUAUGUACCAAGUAGGCACCCUUGGGCGCACCCUCUGGGGCCAGGGGUCAGGGGAGACUUGGGAGCCUCCUCCCCACCCCUCUUCCCUCACUUCACUGCAUUCCAGAUGAGACUUGUCCUGUAGCCUUGCUGGGGAAGGGCCCUUCUGGCCUGAGCCCCCCUCCAGGCUCCCACCCUCCCAGAGUUUGGGCCAUAUCCCUUUGGGAACGGGGGGCAGCUGGUGGAAAAUGGGGGCCAGGGGAGAUGUGUGCAUUCUAUCCUGUCUUCCCAUAAAUAUGGAACUGCAGGCAGGAGAGAGGAGCUGCCUGGGUGGCACCUUCUGGUACUCCCCUGGCCCGGGCUCAUGGCAGAAUAGAAGUAUUUUUAGGCUAUUUUUGUAAUAUGGCUUUUGUAGCUGAAUUCAAGCCCUGCAUUGUACAGCCCCAUUUCCCUCACCGCCUAAUAAAGGAAUAGUUAACACUCA